CGUCGCGUGUGUGAUAAAACUGGAAGCAGCGUGGUCGGCUGGAGGGUAACUUGUGUGACUGCAGAGAAGGAGCCCCACACAGAGAGACCGAUCCAAGUCCAGAGAGGAAACCAUGGACCAAGCACGGUCAACAAUCUCCAAAAUUUUCAACGGGGAGCCUCACUCCUACACACGAUUUAAUCUGACCCAGAACAUGGAAGGAGACAGCAGCCAGGUGGAGAUGAAGCUGUCCUCAGACGUGGACGAGGAGGUUGGGGGAAACGGCGUGGGGGACCACCUCAAUCACAACGCCAACGGCAGACCCUACAUGGUUCAAAAGUUUAAACGCACCCCCCAAAACGUCUGCUUCAUGGCAGUCACUGGCCUCCUCGUCUUCAUCAUUGUGUGUCUGAUCGGCUACGUGAGCUAUCAGAAACGAGCCACGGCUCCUGUCUGCGCACCCUCUGUUCGUCCCUUCGAAGAAACUGUCGUCCGUGAGACGGGCGCCGCUCCUCUGAUGGACUGGGACGACGUCAAGAAGCUCCUCUCUCAAAGGCUAACGGCCUCCAAAUUAAACGGUGCCUUCAGAGAGUUCUCUAAAUUCAGCCAUCGUGCCGGUUCCCUCGAAGAUGAGAUACUCGGGGACAAAGUCUUCCAGAAGUUUAAGGAGUUUGGCAUGAAAACCUGGACUGAUGAGCACUUUAUUAGGGUUCAGGACUCCCCGGUUUCUGGAUUUAACAAGGUAGUUUACAAGGAUGAGCCAGAGGAUCAUCCAAGGGGGUUCCUGUCCUACAGUCGCAAUGGAUCAGUGAAGGGUGCAGCGCUCUAUGCCUCCUACGGGCAGGAGGGGGACUUCAGGUUGCUGCGGGACAAGAACAUCAACAUGAGUGGCAGAGUCGUGCUGGUCAGAGCUGGAAAGAUCAGCUUUGCUGAGAAGGUCGCUAAUGCUGCCAAAAUGAACGCCUCUGCUGUGUUGAUUUACCCAGACCCCUCCGAGUCUUCUGUUGGAGAUGACACAGAUCUUUAUGGACAUGUCCAUUUGGGUUCAGGGGACCCUUACACCCCAGGCUUUCCCUCCUUCAACCACACCCAGUUUCCUCCCGUGGAGUCUUCAGGCCUGCCGCAGAUCGUAGCUCAGACCAUCACUCAAGGCACGGCCAAAAGAAUUCUGAGGCAGCUGGGGGGUCAGAACCUGCCAGAAGGAUGGGGGGGCUUCAACAAAUUGGGAAACGAGGACGAUUCAAUCACCGUGGAGGUCAACAACGUUCUUACUGAGAAGAAGAUCAACAACGUGUUCGGCGUCAUUAAAGGCUUCGUGGAUGCAGACAGGUAUGUGGUUCUGGGUGCCCAGAGGGACUCGUGGGGUCCGGGCUUUGCUGCCUCAACUGUUGGCACCAGCGUCCUGGUUGAGCUGGCCCGCUCCAUCUCAGACAUGGUGAAGAACGAUGGUUUCAAACCAAGGAGGAGCAUCGUGUUCGCCAGCUGGAGUGCUGGAGAAUAUGGGAGUGUCGGCGCCACCGAGUGGCUGGAGGGAUAUUUGGCUUCACUGAGCAUGAAGGCCUUUACUUACAUCAACCUGGAUGGCAUUGUAACAGGUCGGAAUGGAUUUAAAGUAGCAGCCAGUCCCCUGCUGCACACCCUGAUUAAAACCACUCUGAGUGAGGUGACCAACAAGGGAACAUCACUCUCCAGUCAAUUUGCAAAAAGUGGCUGGGAGACAAACAUUCUGGAGCCCAUGCAGCUGGAUAACACUGCUUAUCCUUUCGUGGCCUUCUCUGGCAUUCCCUCAGUUUCAUUUAGAUUCACGUCCGGCUCUUCAGACUACCAGUACUUUGGCACGAUGCUGGACACGCAGGACAAGCUGAACGCUGCGACGUCCAGCCAGGUUCCUGAGCUGGCAGAAACAGCGGGCAGGUUUGCGGGUCAAAUGGUUCUGAGGCUGGUUCACGAUCAUCUGCUGCCCAUGGACCUGAUGAAGUACAACGAGAUCAUACGGUCCAACGUGGUGAAGAUCAACGCUAAAGUGAAGCAGGUUCAGAGGAUGCAGCCCGAGCUGCUGCCCAAGGCCCUGACGGUGCAGUGGCUGAUCCGGGCCUCCGGCUCCUACAGCCGGGCAUCUCGCAACCUGGCAAAGGACAUCCAGAACAGUGACCUGGAGGACAUCGAGAUGUGUCGCAUCAUCAACGACCGCAUCAUGACGGUGGAGAGGAACUUCCUGUCGCCCUACAUUUCUCCCAGAGAGACGCCUUUCCGCCACAUCCUGAUGGGCUCAGGCACCCACACCCUCCGAGCUCUCACCAACCAUCUCGACGCUCUUAAGGCCGACAACCCCGAAGCCGACGGAAACCUGUUCCUCAACCAGCUGGCCCUGACCACAUGGACCAUUCAGGGCUGUGCUAACUCACUAGCAGGGGACAUCUGGGCUUUGGAUAAUGAAAUCUAAAAAGGCUUCUUUCCCCUCCCCACCUCCCCUGUUCAUGGUGCCACCGUCCCAUCACAGCUGCUAGUGGGAAAACCAGACCGCAUGCAACACCAACAAAUUAAACCCAGUAUAACCCAAAUAACUCGCAGCUCCCACAGCUACGUUAAAUAAUCAUUUAACCUUAACGACCUCUGAAGGAACAAAGCCUCAGAACACGAGGCACUUGAUUGUAACAACCUUGAAUCUUUGGUGCCUUCAAAAAAUUAUUGGAUCGUUGUUACCGUUUCAUUGAGCUCAGUGUGAGAAUGUCUUCAGAGUAUUAGGUCACGGUGAAGGUUUACUUCAGCUCCAAUCAUCCGAACACAUCAGGACAUUGUUCUAUCUGUUCUCCUGAGCAGCACUGCAGCGAACCCCGACAAUCAAAAUGUAUGCAGCUAGUGCACGUCUGAAGCUCACAAGUACGUCCCGGUGAUGGAGCUGUUGUAGCGCACGGAGGUCAGAAGUAGCACGUGUGCAACGUCCUGUUUUACCUGCAGGAACCAAAGAGUACCUCAUCAUAUUGGAGCUAAUCGGUUUCAGGAUCCAAAAACAAGGUUCUUGAACGUGUGGCCCUGAAACAAACGAUGUUUAUUUAUUUGUAUUAAUUUAUCAGUGGCAGGGUUCACUAUAAAUAGAUUUUUAAUUUUUUACUUUGUAUAAUUAUCGGGAGCAGUGCCUUCCAUAAUUGUGACAGUUAUACUGUCGAAAUGACAAAAGCAGCAUCUGCUUGAAGAAGUGUUCACGUGGACCGACGGCCUGUACCGGACCGGGUCCUGGCUCAGUUUGUGCUCUCCGAGCAGAACCCUGUGUGGUCCCCACCAGCCCUCGGACACGUGCACUCUUCUCAUUCUCACAGCAUUAUCGGGAGCAGCGUUUCCCAUAAUGUGGAACAAAAAGAAGGUAGUUUUUGUCUACCUGAGUGUGUGUGUGUAUCGGAGGCAGUGCCCUCCAUAUUUCACUGUAGGUGGUUUUCUUAUCGGGGACAGUGUUUCCCAUAAUGUGUACAUGCAGCCAACCUCAGCCUCCAUCGUCUCUGAGAUGUUUGAACCCAGCUCUUGUCUGAUCAGACGUGUUUUAAAGAAAAUCAGAACUUUGUGGACCUCUGUGGUCCAGCAGUCCCAUAAACUGUCCCAUCUCUGGAUUAUUGUCUUUACUGUUUCUGCUUCAGGCUGUUGGAAAACAUUCUGCAGCUGUUCUGUUGCUCAUUUGUCUGAAUUCUUUGUGCCUUUUUUGUCCUGACUUUAUUUUAAAGCUAAGUUUUUAAGUUUGAAACUUUGAGUUUGAAAAGAUAAAAAUGUGACUUUGUUUUUAUGUUUUAGAGCUAUCUCCCCCCGGUUAAAAUCUAAAGUUACUUUUGUACAAUUCUGUUACAUUUUAAUCAGGAUUAUCACUUAAUUCAACUCGUUGAAUUUAAAUGUAUCAAUUCACAUUUUUAUUUUACUGAAAGUGAAGUUACUAAAACUAUUUGGCAUCUAAUGGUCAAAGCAUGUAGACAUGAAUCAGGGAGAUUAAAUCAAAUGUGUUGAUCUGACAAAGUUUAAAAUUGCUCAAAUCUUUCAGUGUUUAGUUUCAAUCUGAUAUAUUUGUUGGAAUAAAAGUCGCCUGUUGGUCUCCGUUUAA